CAGGGCUGGAGUCAGACGAUUCCUGCGAGGUCAGUUUUAAAGAUGCUCUGGUGUUUGACAGUAAGCAGGUGACUGACGGCAGCGCCACGCAGGAGAAUGGGGUGUGGGAGCGCAGGAAAACUCUGCCUGCUGAAAUGAUCUCCAGAAACAAUUUCAGUGUUUGGAGCAUACUGAAGAAAUGCAUCGGCAUGGAGCUGUCCAAAAUAGCGAUGCCGGUCGUGUUUAACGAGCCGCUGAGCUUUCUCCAGAGAAUCUCGGAGUACAUGGAACACACUCACCUCAUUCACAGAGCCUGCAGUUUGUCUGACUCCAUAGACCGCAUGCAGGUUGUUGCUGCGUUUGCUGUUUCGGCUGUAGCAUCUCAAUGGGAAAGGACUGGAAAGCCAUUUAAUCCUUUACUGGGGGAGACAUAUGAGCUCAUAAGAGAGGACGAAGGAUACAGAUUGAUCUCGGAGCAGGUGAGCCACCACCCCCCCGUCAGUGCCUUCCAUGCCCAGUCUCUGAAGCAAGAGUUUGAGUUUCACGGCUCCAUCUACCCGAAACUCAAGUUCUGGGGCAAAAGUGUGGAGGCUGAGCCUAAAGGCACCAUGACGCUGGAGCUGCUGAAACAUAAAGAAGCGUACACGUGGACAAACCCAAUGUGUUGUGUUCAUAACAUCAUCUUGGGGAAACUCUGGAUUGAGCAAUACGGAACCGUGGAGAUCGUCAACCACAGCACGGGAGAUAAGUGCGUGUUGAACUUCAAACCGUGUGGCAUGUUUGGGAAAGAGCUGCACAAAGUAGAAGGUUAUAUCCAAGACAAAAGUAAGAAGAAGCGACGAGUGAUCUAUGGAAAGUGGACGGAGUGCAUGUACAGCGCGGACCCGAAGGUCUACGACGCAAACAAGAAGUUGGAGAAGAAGACGGCGGGAGACUCUAAAAAGCUGAAACCGGGGUAUAGCUGUGAAGGCGAGGAGGCAGAUGAGAUGCCAGAUGUUCAAGAGACUGUGACUGUGAUACCGGGAAGUGCCUUACUGUGGAGGAUAAAGCCGCGGCCUGCUCACUCAGCACAGAUGUAUAACUUCACCAGCUUUGCCAUGACACUAAACGAGGUGGAGCCCGGCAUGGAGAGACUACUGGCACCGACAGACUGCCGGCUGAGGCCCGACAUCAAAGCCAUGGAAAACGGAGACAUAGACGCAGCAAGUACUGAGAAAGAGCGCUUAGAGGAGAAACAACGAGCCUCACGCAGGGAACGCUCCAAGGAUGAGGAGGACUGGUCAACCAGAUGGUUUCAGCCGGGAACAAACCCUCAUACAGGAGCCGAGGAUUGGCUGUACACAGGUGGAUACUUUGACAGGAAUUACACUGACUGUCCCAACAUUUAUUGACACAGGAGGUGCUCAGUGUGAAGAUCUCCUCUCUGAUAGGAUCCACUUUAUUUCUCAGCAUCUAAGAUUUUUGUCUUUGUGACGUCCAGACGCUCACUGGUACUGUGUCUUUGUGUGAAUCAAUGAACAGCUGAUAUCCGAAUGUUAUCAGACAAGUUUAUCAGAUUAUGACUGUGAACCUUCUCUGCAGGAGAAAUGUAAUAUUAAGGAGAAUUUUAGAGUUUACUUACUGUUAAUGAGGUCAAACAUCUUCAUCUUUGUAUGCCCUAAUCAUGAUUCUGAUAAUAAUAGUCCACGUGUAUGUUACUCACCUGUCGUUGAGGGUUUUAAACCAGUCACCUGUCUGUGUGUGGCCAUUCUGCUGCAGGACACAAAGCUCUGACUUCUAGAGGAUGUAUUCAGUUUUAGUUCAGGUACUCAACCUUAAUCUUACCUGUAGGCGCACCACACACUUCUGUCCAGUUGCAUUCAGAUAUCAGGGGUUAUUUAAACACAUCUGUUUUAUAUAGUAUACCUAUUUGAAUAUUAGAUGUCUAUUUUUAGUUAGCUGUAAACAUCCCUAAAAUGUCACACGUGUGAUAAUUUCCUGUGAAUAGAGACUUACAGUAGAGAUGAAAGCUGCUCAUGAUCAUGUUUACUGGCACAGUAGACAGAUAUUGUUGGUACAUUAUAUUGUUGUCCGCUGUAACAUAGAUGAUGUGUAUAAUAACUGGUGCAUGCAUGGUCACCAAGAUGAUUAUUUACACAAGUUAAAGCCAUAAAAAAAACCUUUUUCUGCACUAAGUAUAAUAGUGUAAAUGCAUUCACAUAAAACGGUAAAAGCAAAGGGACACGUAUUGGUUUAAAGCAGGAGUUUUCAAAGUCUGACACUAUAAGAAGCAUGUUGAUGGGACAUUCUGAGCCUUAGUCAAAACAAUAAUAAUCCUAUUAUUCUUUGUAUUAAUUCAAUUCGGGGCAUAAUCUUGCUCCAAGUUUUGAAACUACAGAUCCCAUCAUUUAGGGGCUGUAAACAGGAAGUAUAAUGUUGCCAUGGAGUCAGUUAUCCAGUUAGCUGUGGGCUACAACUUGAACCCUGUUAUUGUUUUGUGUUUUAGUUUGUAUUUGUUUACAUUUUUGACAAAUUGGCACCGUUAAAUAUUUGCCGAAUUAGCUGUUAACCGUUCCUGUUUGUAAUGUUCCCCAUUGAUGUACAGACAACAAUCACUGGAUUCUUUUGAUACGGAAGGAAAUGUAACAUUGUGAUGUUUCUCAGGCAAGUUCUGAGUCACACUGAAUCUAAAAAUAUGUGUUUAUAUAUAUUUUUGACUGAGUUAUGACUCCGAGAAUGAGUAGGAAGUUUCUCCCUCCGCCUCACAGCUCGUAAAGCUCUGGUUUUAAAGAGAAAGCUGUGUCAUACUGACUCCUGAUUAUAGACAUUUUUCUUCACGCAGGGACAAACAGUUUGUUUCCCUGAGUCAUUUUCAUCAGUCAAAACUGUUGUUUUUUUUUGACACUGUAGCCUUCAUAAACCUUUGAAAACUGAUCCAUCCAGUCUGCCUUCCUGAAAUGUGAAAAAUAAAACACUUAACUCCUCUUUAACUAUUAGCCAACGUGUGCUUCAGACACUACAGAGGCAGCAGUUAAUGAAUGUUGUGUGCUCAUAAUAUCACGCUUGCAUACAUACAUACAGCAGAGCGGCUGUUACCGUUUUUUAGUUUCUGAGCACUAACCUUGCAUAAACUGCACAUUUGAAUGCUCACAGUCCAUUGCACAUAUUGUUUAGUGAAAUAUCCUACAUCAUGUCUCUUCCUCCCCCCCAGCUGCUCUCAAUUUCACUCUGAAUUCAAAGCACUUUGUGAGGCCUGCAGACACUCUAAGGUGCAGGCCCAGUCGGAUGUUCUUCUGAUCUCACGCUCUUUUACCCUCUUGUUUUUGUCUAGCAUCUAUUUGAAAUGUUUACAUUGUAUGUUCAUUCAUCUUGUGUAUUUCCCCCCUCUUCAUUCUGUUAUCCACACACAACCAUAUGCAUACAUGGCAUACUUGAGAAAUAAAUUAUGGGCUAUUGAAACAA